AUGCCAUCGAAAUCAAAGGCAAAAACACCAGCGCGUAUAACAAUCGCAUGCAACGCAUGUCGAUCAAGAAAACAAAAAUGCAGCGGCCGAAAACCUAUUUGCGAACAAUGUCUCGAGAACAAUCGACCGUGCAACUGGCCCGAACAGCUUCGAAGAGGACCAGAGAAAGGAUAUGCCGAAGCACUGGAGAACCGACUCCAGCUCACUGAAAGCAUUCUCUUAAAUUUACUCCCACAUAUCUCGGACGAGCAGCUUUCGGCUGCGAUUCCUCGUCGAGCGAAUAGCGGCGCGUAUGUGCCAUUUCCCAGGCUUGAGAAGAGGGGAAUGGAGAGUUGGUCGGAGUUCCCUCUUGAUACUUCUCAUAGUAUUCGGAGGUGGCAGCAAGCUUGCACUGAGUCUGAAAGCAUGGGUGUAGAGACACAGGGCUCAAAGAGAAGGCGUUUGCAGAAUGAAAGGCCUUAUGACUCGAUUCAAAUGUCCACUGCAAUUCGAGAGAUUGAUGGAACUGUCAAUGAAACAUCGGGUCAUUCGGUCCUCGAGUCGUCAGGUAAUGCACAUGAAGAGAGUGCUCCGGUGGAGAGAAUGAGCUCUUGGCAGGGAGCCCCUUCGUUCGAGUUUCAACGCCAGUUUCUUUGGUGA